CCGCACAGCCUUUAUAAGCGCGCGCCAUCAGUCUCGUUGACCCGGUGGACGCUACACGGAGGACCUGCUCAUCCCCCGCGGACCCUUUUUUUCGGUUGCCGUUUCAGAAUUGAAUGUUCACAUCUUCUUCUAAUCUGCACCAGGUUCCCUGCUUUCUGCGCUGUAGUUGGCCCGCCCUCUCUGCUGUUUGCGCUGGAGGACCUGAACUUAUCAAGGAAGCGACACAUCAAGCUGCACGGCCCCCUUCACGCUCAACCCCUGCGCUAUGAGCAGAGGUAGAGGAGGGCCUCUCAAAGAACGCUACCACAGGCAACCGCCCCCUGACUACCAGGCCAACGACAAUUACAACAGACCUGGCCCGUCCUCGUUUUACCCAAGAGGUGGCCCACAGCAGAGCCCGUAUUCUAGUUACCACAACAGCCCUGCCCGUCCCGUAGCGCCCGUACCGCCGCCCCCGGCUCCUUCUCUCAACCCCUCCGCUCCUCGCACACCAUGGCACAGUAAAGCGGACCCUCAACCGGAGCCUCCUAGCAGCUCGUUUAAUCACAAUUGCGGUCCCUACCCUGCCCCCAAUUCCUUUCAGUUCCAGCAGGCAGAGUUCCUCCGAGGACGCAGCUCUGAGGCGCCACAGUUCAGAGCCGGUCCACGCGGCGGGGGAGUGGUACCAGACAGGCGUCUUAGUUCCUCAUACCAGCCUCAGUCGGGCUACGGUAGAAAUCCAUCGUACCCCAACAGCAGCCCAAGGGGUAGAUGGGGGUAUGAUCAGGACCCGCCGUUUGUAUAUCCAGUAGACCCACGCAGCGGCACAGGUCCUCGACACCCAAAUCAAAACCAGUCCCAGGGUACAAACCACGACCCGUACUCCAACAGACAGUGUCGCGUCUCAAUAGAUUCUGUGUGUGAAAACUUACAAACUUUGUCCCUCCACAAAGUCCGGCCCAGCAGAGGAGGGGAACGGUUUGACAGGCAAUCUGCCUCGAGCAGCUCGGCAAACUCCCGCUUCACUAAAGUUGACAUCACUCUCACUUCUGACAUCCAGGACCAGGUUCACCGGGCUUUGGCUGCUUUGAAGCCAAAUGAGAGUAUCUGUGCAAAAUUUCUAGCCAAAAAACUGCGUCUUCCCAAAAAGAUCGUCAACAGGGCUCUGUACUUGUUGGAGCGCUCGCAGAAAGCCUCGAAGCAAGGACUCGUCCCUCCCGAGUGGAGUCUUUGCCGAGAACCUUUCAGAGGCGAGGAGGAUCAAAACUCUAGAGUACGAGUUCCACCUUUCCCUCUGUGUGUCAGCUCAGGACACCCUGCAGCACCUGAAGCCAAGGUUGAGCUAAAAACGGAAACGGCAGAAAACAGGGGACAAAGAAAAGAAGAGGACUCUGACACAGAAUCCAGUUGUUCUUCCUGCUCCUCGUCAGAGUCGUCCGACUCUGUAGAGUUCCAGCCGCCAGCGAAAGUUCAGCACCGGGAGCAGCAACAACAGCCCGUCCCCGCCAGCUCACCCGACCCGGCACUUCCCACAAUGGCGGAACAGAAGGAGCUGGUUCUGCAGUACCUGCUGACUUCAAAAGAGGCGACCGCUCUGCUCAUGGCCAAAAAUCUGGGUCUCAGGAGUGCCAAGCACAUCAAUCCCACCCUCUACUCGCUGGAGAAGCAAGGUGAAAUUGUUAAGAAUAGUGCCGCUAACCCGCCCACCUGGGAGCUCUCCGCCCACCGCCGGGAGAGGAUGGAAAGGAGCCUCAAAGCCUCAAAGGGCGCCCGCGCAGCGGGGGAGCAGAUGUUGGAGGAAGCCGGUAGAGAUCAGAGAAGAGGAGAGUCUCUCUUUCUGUCGUCAUCACCAUUGCCCCCAACACUGGGCCUCGAGUCGCUGCCGCUGCCAGAGGGUGUGGUGCCAGAGCAAAGUCAGAGUGAGGUGCCCUCCACCAUUACCUCGUGUAAAGAGGAAGAGACCAACGAAGGGCAGUGGGCUACCGAUGACAUCCCGGAAUUCCUCAACGCCAUUCGCAGAGAGACCGACGCUGGGAAGCUGGCAGCAGAGAAGGCCAACUCUGUGGGAACUGUAGCGGUGUCGCUGGCCGCUCCGCCUCCCCAGAACCUGUGGGCCAAGUUGCAGGAGGUGAGGUUGAAGAACCCCGUCAGCGGCCUCAUGGAGUACGCUCAGUAUCUGGGCCAGAACUGUGAGUUCCUGCUGCUGGACCAGUCAGGACCCUCUCACGACCCACGAUUUCGUAUGCAGGUGAUGCUCAACGGCAGGUUGUUUCCUGUCGCAGAAGCCUCCAGUAAGAAGGUGGCAAAAAAGGACGCCGCUGCUGCCACCCUGCGUAUUCUCGUGGCAGAGAUUCAGGCGGGGCCCAGUACGGGAGACGAGGGAAAUGCUGUCGGAGCGGACCAAGUGAUGGAUGUACUGCCAGACCCUAGUGGGCAGGCUGAAGGCGCAGGUUUUGGGACUAGCGGUGUGGAAGGAAUGGGCACAGUGGAAGGACCUCGCCAGCCACUGUCCCGCUCGCUGCCUGGUGGGAAGAAUCCAGUGUCUGUCCUGAUGGAGUACAGCCAGCGCAGUGGGAACCCCAUCGAAUUCAUCAUCACUGGCCAGGCAGGCCCACCACAUGACCCGAGGUUCAUGUACAGGGUGAAGGUUGGAGAGAGCUUGUUUGGGGAGGCCAAUGCUCCGAGCAAAAAGGCAGCCCGCCAGCUGGCGGCAGAAGAGGCCGUCAAAGAACUAAUGGCUGACGGGAGGCUGCAGCUCAACAAGCCUCAGUUGCCCCUGGGCUCUUCCAGCGAUAGUGACGGCAAUGGUUCCGGGACUACGUGUCCCUAUUUGCCUCCUCUGACUGCGGACGAGUUGCGAGCAGCACACGAGGCGGGGGUUGGAGAUCUCAUCAACCACUUGAACAACAAUGCAGUGUCCGGUCUUCUGGAGUAUGCUAGAGCCCGGGGCUUUGCCGCUGAGAUCCGACUAGUGGGCCAGUCUGGACCACCACAUGAGCCCAAAUUCACGUACCAGGCCAAGCUCGGCGGGCGCUGGUUCCCUCCGGUGUGUGCGUCCAACAAGAAGCAGGGAAAACAGGAAGCAGCAGACGCCGCUCUGCGGGUUCUGAUCGGAGAGGCUGAGCGAGCGGCCCGCACCGGGGAGCUUAUUCCAGCUGAGCUUCCAGUGAGUGGCAGCACUUUGCACGACCAGAUAGCCAUGUUGAGUCACCAGCGUUUCAACGCCCUGACCACACGCAUCCAGCACAGCCUUCUGGGGCGCAAGAUUCUGGCCACCAUCGUCAUGAGGAGGGGGGAGGGCCUGGGGACCGUUGUCAGCCUGGGGACAGGAAAUCGCUGUGUUAAAGGGGAGGAGCUGAGCCUCAAAGGCGACACAGUUAACGAUUGCCACGCUGAAAUCAUCUCCAGAAGGGGAUUUGUUCGGUUUCUGUAUAUUGAGCUGCUCAAACACUACGACGGAACAGACGACAGUAUAUUUGAGCUGGCAGAGAAUGACUUUCUCCGCAUCAAAUCUGAUAUCACCUUUCACCUCUACAUCAGCACGGCGCCUUGCGGGGAUGGUGCUUUGUUCGACAAGUCGUGCAGUGAGGCGGGGGAUGAAGUCGAGGGCCAUCAGCCCCUGUUCGAGAAUGCCAAGCAGGGAAAGCUCCGCACCAAAGUGGAGAACGGCGAGGGCACCAUCCCAGUAGAGUCGAGUGCCAUUGUGCCCACGUGGGACGGCAUCCAGCACGGCGAGCGGCUGCGGACCAUGAGCUGCAGUGAUAAGAUCCUGCGCUGGAACGUGUUGGGUCUGCAGGGAGCACUGCUCAGCCACUUCCUGAACCCAAUCUACCUGAAGUCCAUCACGCUCGGCUAUCUGUACAGCCACGGUCACCUCACGCGGGCCGUUUGCUGCCGGCUGGCCAGAGACGGCGAGGCGUUCACCCAAAGUCUCCCGCCUCCCUUCAUGCUAAAUCACCCAGAGGUGGGCAGGGUGAGUGUGUACGACUCCACGCGGCACACAGGAAAGACCAAGGAGUCCAGUGUAAACUGGAGCUUUCCCGACCAGCACAGCGUGGAGGUGCUGGACGGUACCAAGGGCAAACUGGACGGGAACAAACUCAGUGUCUCCCGAGUGUCCAAGUCCAACCUCUUCUGUCUGUUCCGCUCCGUGUGCCAGCGCAGUGGGCGCGCCGACCUCCUCGCGCUGCCCUCCUACUCCCAGGCCAAGAUGUCGGCCACGUCUUUCCAGCAAGCCAAGCACAAUUUCUUUCGAGCGCUCAGCGGCCACGGCUACGGCGCCUGGAUCGGCAAGCCGCUCGAAGAGAAGAGCUUCGAGUCAGGGGAGGGGAACCGGAACAAUGGGGCGAGUCUGCCCGUGGGAUACGGCAGCAGUAGAAACGGAGGAGCAGUGGAGUUCAAGCAGGAGGACGCAUAAACCGGUGCAGAGUGCGUUAUUAAGAGGGGGGGGAUAUGAACAUUUGGGGGGUGGGGGGGGGGAAAGAAAAUAAAAGCACAAAGGCAGAUUGGAAGCGUGCACGUAAUGGGGGAGAAAGAGACAGACAAUCAAACAAAUCACCGGUAGCAGCCAGACGGGAGGAACACGGUUAAAGGCUUAGGAGGAAGAGCAAUGGAAGGAGACAGAAUGAAAGAGAGCGAGAUGGCAAGAGCAGAGCUGGAGGGAUGAGUGUGUUCACGGGAGCCGUGGGGAGACCCUACGUGUGUAGACUACACGGAAAGGGGGCUGGUUUUGAAGUUGGUUAAUCACCAUCCUAAACACUGCUACGAACCUGAUUGCUACAAGUUUGCAAAGUUACUUCAAAUUUAUCUGUAUUUAGUUCAUAACCGGGUUGGUUUUGGGUUGUUUUACUUUUGUCAUUGAGAACAUCCUGACUUCCUCCUUCUCUCCUGUUGUCCUCUCUAUGUGACCUAUUCUUGCAUUGUAUUAGAAAUUGCAAGUGCGGUUUUGACCCAGGUGACUCGGCCUCUUCAGACUGCUGUUGUCUAAUCUUCCCAUGAGAACUUGAGUGGCUGACAAGUGCUGCUAUUUGACAUUCAACCCGAUUUGACCCACCGGUGUAGCAGUGUUGUAAGUGUGAUUACGUUCCUCUAAAGUUUGAGUCCUCGGCCGUGUUGUGGUUGUUAUUAUUAUUAACUGAUCGCUGGCGAAACAAACCUCCUCGAUCCAACAUUCACCCUCAGCUGUUCAUCUAAUCGUGUGGUGUUUCCAUGGUUACCAAGAGCAUUCCAGCAAAUGGCAGAGCGCACCGUAGACUUUUAUAUGGUAUUCCUGAUGUGAGGACCUCCAAGAAUUACAGCUUUUCUGUUAUUGCUUCUGUAUUAUGGAGUGUUUCUACUUUUAUCUUCACUUCCAGUGAAAAGGUUCAUGAGUAUCUGGCCAUGCAAGCAAAACCUAGAGUAUCACCUGUCUCGCAUAUCCUUCUUUUCUUUUUCCUUUUAAACAAAAAGGUUUUUAGGUUUUCUUGCUUGGCCAGUUUCUGAUAACUACUAUACAAAGACUGUUUUGUUUGUCAGUGUGUUCUUAAUUUGCUUAUAUGUAGAUGGAUGGUGCAAUAUAUACAUCAGGUAUACAAAUACAUGAUCAUGCAGAUGUUACCGUGGGGUCCAGAAGCCUGAGUCCAGUUCCAGAAACCCGCAACUACAGAAGUUAAAGACAUUUCUCAAAAUAUUGCAUCUUGUUGUUUUCAUGAAGGAAGUGAAAGAAAUUUAUACCCAUCCAAGUUUUACAUUGUUUUUCAGUGUCAGUCAUCACUGGUGCUUCGACCAUUUGUUUUUAGCUUUUAACUGUGAACGAUAUUGUUUUGAUGGAAACAGAAGGGUUUUAAGCUAGUAGCAGGUAGUUAAGCCUGCUAACUACUUAGUUGAUGGAGAGUGAGGUAUCUCCUACUGCUGCAGUUGAGUUUAACACUUAAGUGUCUUCAGCAGUGAUUCCAGCUCUUGUUUAGGCCUUCGUAGUGACUUUAAAACAAGUAGACAAAGCACUUUAUCAAGUUUCAACGCCCAAUAGUAAUUUCAUAUGCAAUAUAAAUAAAACAAUUAUUUGUCAUUUAUUUGCUAUUAUAUAAGGAUUAAUUUGAUUUUAUAGCGGCUCGUACAUAUUUGAAUAUUGAGCUGUAAAAGAAAAUUCCGUUUUUUAUCAUUGACACAAGUUAACAGGUUGUUGGACUCAGACUUUUCGACCCCACCCUAUAAAAAAGGGGUGUUUUCAUAUAUAUGUGUGUAUCUGUAUGUAUGUAUUUGUAUAAUUUCCGUGUAUAUAUUUUAUAAAUCAUCUACAAUUGCAUUUCUAAAUGUUUUAAGUAAACAAAGGAAUAUGCUGGAGUUUUUUUACUAAUGAAAACGUUUAAACAAAUUCAUUAAAGAAGUGAGUAGCAUUCUUUCAGUGGAGCAAUGCGUUUCUGGUAUUCUUUCC